AUGGCAGAGUCGAAACAAGAAUUGAAGAAACCCGAGUUUAUCAAGGUGGAGCAACUUCGUCCAGGGACUAGCGGGCAUAAUCUGAGGGUUAAGGUUGUCAAUACAAAGCAGAUAGUACGACAGAGGGGUCGCGCUGAAUCUUUGGUGGGAGAUGAGACUGGAAUGAUUGUAUUCACUGCGCGGAACGAGCAAGUGAAUGUGAUGAAAGAAGGUUCUAUCGUGGACAUUGCCAAUGCAAAUAUUGAAUUGCAGAAAGGAUCAAUGAGGCUUAUUUUGCCUUUCGAUAGGACGGGAUCUGUUAAAGCAGCAGCAGCUGAAGCUGCAGAUAUCACUGUGAAUGAAGACUGCAACUUUUCACUGAUUGAAUUUGAUUCGGUCUCUAUUGUAGAAUCUUGA